AUUACGGAGCUCCCAGCGGUUGAUUCUUCACCACACUGAAACCAUUAGGAAAAAUCCUUGUGGUUAACAGCAGAGGCUUCAGAGUGUAACCUGUACUCGGGCCUAGAAAUUAUUUUAAAUGGCGACUGAUACGUCUCAAGGUGAACUCGUCCAUCCUAAGGCACUCCCACUUAUAGUAGGAGCUCAGCUGAUCCACGCGGACAAGUUAGGUGAGAAGGUAGAAGAUAACACCAUGCCGAUUCGUCGAGCUGUGAAUUCUACCCGGGAAACUCCUCCCAAGAGCAAGCUCGCUGAAGGGGAGGAAGAAAAGCCAGAACCAGAUGUAAGUUCAGAGGAAUCUGUCUCCACUGUAGAAGAACAAGAGAACGAAACUCCACCUGCUACAUCUAGUGAGACAGAGCAGCCAAAGGGGCAACCUGAGAGUGAAGAGAAGGAAGAAAACAAGCCUUCUGAGGAAACCAAAAAGGAUGAGAAAGAUCAGUCUAAAGAAAAGGAGAAGAAAGUGAAAAAAACAAUACCUUCCUGGGCUACCCUUUCUGCCAGCCAGCUAGCCAGGGCCCAGAAACAAACACCGAUGGCUUCCUCCCCACGUCCCAAGAUGGAUGCAAUCCUAACUGAGGCCAUUAAGGCAUGCUUCCAGAAGAGUGGUGCAUCCGUGGUUGCUAUUCGAAAAUAUAUCAUCCAUAAGUACCCUUCUCUGGAGCUGGAGAGAAGGGGCUACCUCCUUAAACAAGCACUGAAAAGAGAAUUAAAUAGAGGUGUUAUCAAACAGGUAAAAGGAAAAGGUGCUUCCGGGAGUUUUAUUGUGGUCCAGAAAUCAAGAAAAACACCUCAGAAGUCCAGAAACAGAAAGAACAGGAGCUCUGCAGUGGAUCCAGAACCACAAGUAAAAUUGGAGGAUAUCCUCCCACUGGCCUUUACUCGCCUUUGUGAACCUAAAGAAGCUUCCUACAGUCUCAUCAGGAAAUACGUGUCUCAGUAUUACCCUAAACUUAGAGUGGACAUCAGGCCUCAGCUGUUGAAGAAUGCUCUGCAGAGAGCAGUAGAGAGAGGCCAGUUAGAACAAAUAACUGGCAAAGGUGCUUCUGGGACAUUCCAGCUGAAGAAAUCAGGGGAGAAGCCCCUGCUUGGUGGAAGCCUGAUGGAAUAUGCAAUCUUGUCUGCAAUUGCUGCCAUGAAUGAGCCGAAGACCUGCUCCACCACUGCUCUGAAGAAGUAUGUCCUGGAGAACCACCCAGGGACCAAUUCUAACUAUCAAAUGCAUUUGCUGAAGAAAACCCUACAGAGAUGCGAAAAGAAUGGGUGGAUGGAACAGAUCUCUGGUAAAGGAUUCAGUGGCACCUUCCAGCUCUGUUUUCCCUAUUACCCCAGCCCAGGAGUUCUGUUUCCAAAGAAAGAGCCAGAUGAUUCUAAAGAUGAGGAUGAAGAUGAAGAUGAGUCAUCAGAGGAGGACUCUGAGGAUGAAGAGCCACCACCUAAGAGAAGGUUGCAGAAGAAAACCCCAGCCAAGUCGCCAGGGAAGGCUGCAUCCAUGAAGCAGAGAGGGUCCAAGCCUGCACCUAAAGUCCCAGCUGCCCAGCGAGGGAAAGCUAGGCCCCUGCCCAAGAAAGCCCCUCCUAAGGCCAAAACUCCUGCCAAGAAAGCCAGACCCUCACCCCCAGUCAUCAAAAAACCUAGUGGUAGCUCUUCAAAGAAGCCUGCAGCCAGUGUGAGAAAGGAAGUGAAAUUGCCUGGCAAGGGCAAAUCCACCAUGAAGAAAUCUUUCAAAGCAAAAAAGUAAAUUUUAUAGGAAAAAAGGGUAUCAUGAUGAAAUUCAGAAUCUUAUUUUCUAAGGUCAGUGUGCAUUUGUUUUAGUUCGAUGCUUUUAAAAUUACAUUUUUUUCCUCCCCUAUGAACAUUAUGGGGAGGGAAUAUAAAUAAACCAGUUUAGCCAUUUGUUAGCUUUAGGUGCUCUUCUUGGUGCCUGCCCCCCCCCCCCGCACCCUCCCUCCCAGUCAUUUUAAUUUCUGCGAUAAUUCUGGACUUCCUGAACUGUAUAAUCUAUACUUGUCCUUUUUUCUCCCCCCACCCCAAUCCUCUUUCUUUUUUUAUGGUCAGCUUUGGCUUUCUUUUUUUUGUUUUUCUUCCAGUUUUAUCUAAACAGUUGCGAAGAUUUUUAUAUUUGUUAGAAAGCAUCAAGAAUGGGAUGCUAGUUAGGUGCUGGAAGUAAAAAGGAGGCAGUAUAGCACUGACUGAAUCAUAACGCCUCCUGCCUGGAGACUUCAGUUAUAGCUAUAAUAACUAAUCUUAUUUAUAAAACCACUCCACUAGCCCCUUCUCUCCAACUGUAAACACAGAGAUGUCUUAGCUUUGGGAAUAGGCCAAAAACAUUAUGAUCUCAUUCAAUUCUGAAGAUGCACGACUCCUUUGGGCCCCUUUUCCCAUUGAUCAAUUUCUAGGUAUUUUUCAUUGGCCCCUGGGCAUUGCAUUCCCUCAAUAGCAAGCACAAGAUCUCUCCACCACUUGUUUUUUGACUGAAGGGGAAAUGUAGGAACAUACUGAAUUUGUGAUUUCUGGUGUCACCUGUGUUACCAAAAAUCAAAACAUAUAAAACCUUCUUGAUCAAAUGUUUAAAUAUAUUUUUUAAUAUUUGGAGCAUAAGUUGUCACUUCCUCUUUGCCUUUUUUAUAAGGAAAUAUUGGAGAGUUACACCAUUACUAGUGUAGAAUUGUUAAGUGGAAAAACAUACAAUUUGCUAAAAUAAACUGGGUUUUUUCCCCUCCUUUCUUUCCAUAGCACUUUUGAUAACAAGCACGUGGCUUCCUUUUUGAGUUACUUAAAAAGAGAAAAGAAAAAACAAAUGAAGCCCGACUACCUAACCCUUUCUUAUUUGUAUUUGUUUUAGUAUUGUGAAGUUGUGUUAAAUAGCACUAGCUUUCUAAGAAAUAUUGAUUUCUGGUUAUCAUUUAUCUCCCCUGUGGCACUUGACAUUUUAAUUGUCUUAAACUUUUUGGUGUACAUCUUCUGGCCCCUUGAGUGCUGCCAGAGGCGAAAGAUGUUUGUUUAAUUCAUUCCAUUUGCAUUGUCUCCUGGGAUCCCAUCUGCAGCCUGAAGUGUGGCUGGGAAUUGGACUUGAGAAGAUUGGCUUGAAUUAGAUCCAUAAUCUAAUGUGUGAUCCCAUCAUGAGUUUAUUGGAAUUUGUGUUGCAUGUAAGGCAAUCUUUCCUGUUGUAAAUCUUCCUUUUUUUAUGUACAUAUAUUUUGAAAAAUAUGAAUAAACAUGAAAUUUUAAAA